AACAUGCCCAGCAGGGGGCUGCGCACCUUGACUGUUGCCGUCCUCUGAGGCCGCGUGGUGCAUCACGGUGCUUGUAGUCCACCUUCCCGGGUGGCGCGUGGUGAGGCGACGUGCGAGGACUACAUUUCCCAGCGACCGCGGCGCCAGGAGCGGAACCGGGAAGCGCGAAGAUGGCGGUGGAUAAGGAGCUGCUGGAGCGGGACCUCUACGGGCUGCUGGGGAUCGGCGAGAAAGCGUCCGAGAAGGAGGUGAGGGGCGCGGGCGGCUCGGGACGGGCUCCUUCUCUCCCCUCCAUCCCUUUCCCGGUCUCCUUGGGAGCGGCGCGUUCCCGGCGCGGCGCUGAGCUGAGGGGCUGCUCCAAGCGCUGCUGCGGGACCGGGGCUGUCGGACGGAAAAAUCCCGUUUUUACUGACAUUGCGUUGUCAUAUCCCGGUUUUACUGGAAUUGGCCUCGUUCCCCCAGUUCACCCCUCAAUCCUGCGGGGCGGAACCCGCCUGUGGAGGAAGGGAGAACUGCGGGGUCGUUCUGGGACAUGUUGUUCUCGCUUUGUUUAUGUGCUUCCAGAAGGGAAAUUCCCGUGGCUUUUCCUGCACAUUCCCAAUCCCGGGAGCUUUGUCCACCAGUUUCCCACUGUUGUGCUGGUUCCUUGGCAGGCAGCCUAUGACAGGGUGAGGAGGGCGAAGAAGGAGGCUGCAGCAAGGACACAGAAACUCGAUGAGAAGAGGAAGAAAGUAAAGCUUGAUCUUGAAGCCAGAGAACGGGAAGCCCAGUCCCAGGAGAAUGAAGAGGAGGAGAUCAGGAUAACGAGAUCAUUAGAAGAAGAAAUAAUCCGCCUGCGUGAGGAGGGCUCCCGGCAGCUGGAGGAGCAGCAGAGGCUGGUCAGGGAGCAGAUCCGUCUGGAAAGGGAGCAGCACAGCCGAGGCAGGCAGGAAAGAAAUGGAGCAGAAGGCAAAAUAACUCCUAAGCUCAAGCUCAGGUGGAAAUGCAGGAAGGAAGAUGAGACUGGAGGGGGAUACUCCAAAGAUGUGCUGCUGAAGAUCCUACAGAAGUAUGGUGAUGUGCUCAAUUUGUUGAUCUCCAGCAGGAAGACUGGGAGCGCAGUGGUGGAAUUUGCCACGGUGAAGGCAGCUGAGAUGGCUGUGAAGAAUGAGGUUGGCCUGCUAAAUAACCCCCUGAAGAUUUCCUGGCUGGAGGGCCAGCCCCAGAGCCGCCCCAGCACCGUCCUCCCUGACAGCACCAGCCAGCCCAGGAGCUCACAGGCGUCGGUGGUGUCGGAGCGGGACUACGAGAGCCUGGUGAUGAUGAGGAUGCGCCAGGCGGCCGAGAGGCAGCAGCUCAUCGAGCAGCUCCAGCGGGAAGAUGAGGAGGAAAAGUCCCACACUUAGCAUGAGAGUAUGGAUUCUUCCCACCCCUCCGUCCCUUCAGAGCUGUUUCUUUAUUUAAGUCAAUAAACCUCCUUUUUUCUAAA